AUGUCAUUUACAAGAAAAGAUAACAUGAAAAGACAUGCAUUACAGGCACAUAAAACCAUUUUUAGAGAUAAUCAAUCCAAAGAUAAAAGAACGCUAUGUCAUUAUCAAAACUGCAGCCAAGUAUUUUUUCAAAACGUCAAACUUAUUAAACACAUAGAGGAGUGUCAUGAAGGUAUAUUUACCAAAGAAUCUUACAUUUUUUUAUCAGAAUCUGAAUUUUUAGCAUGGAAGGAAAAAGAGGAACUUAAUAGUUAUGUUUUUUUCAGUAAACAAACUAGUAGUUUUUUCACUGGAAAAAAUAUAAAUAAAGAUGUAAAAACAAGUUAUUAUAUUUGUCAAAAUGAUGGUCAUUCAAAACCGCAUCGCUCUGUUAGUGAACCAGCAAGAAAAACUAAUAAAAGGUACUACAGAGGGAGUGUUAAAUCAGGUGCUUUCUGCCCUGCCAGGAUGAUUGUCAAAGUAAACAUAAAUGGUGUCACUAAUGUUCAGUAUAUCAAAACUCAUAACCACAGUAUUGGUAUUACAAAUACCAUGUAUCAACCUAUACCAGGUAAUAUUAAAAAAAACAUUUCCGCUAAAUUAUCAAUAGGUGUGCCUGUAAAUACAGUUUAUCGUGAUCUUAGAGAAAGUUUUGGAGACAGACAAAAUAGAAAUGAUGAAGAUACUGUUUUAACUAAAUCACACCUUCUUACAAAAAAAAACAUUUCUGAUAUCAGCAGAGCAGUAAAAAAAGGAUGUCGGCUUCACCCUGAUGAUAGCGUUUCAACUUUUUUACUUGUUCAAAAGUUGAAGUCUGAAGAUUUUAAUAGCAUUCUCGUUUAUAAGUCACAAGGACAGCAAACUGUUAUUGGCCCAAAGGUGUAUGAUGACAUUGACCUUAAUAAGGAUUCCUUUGUGGUUGGUAUACAAACAAAGCAUCAACUAUCAAUGUUUGAAACACAUUCAUCUCAAAUUGUUUUUCGAGAUGAAUUUAAAAGGGGUUAUCCAGUAGCUUUUCUUAUUUCCAAUCAUGCAGAUGAACAAACUAUUACACCAUUUUUAGAGGAAAUAAAAAGAAGAUGCAAUAAUUCUGUAAAAGUUAAUGCUGUUAUGACAGAUGAUGAUUUGUCAGGAUGGAAUGCUUUUACUAAUGUUUUUGGAGAUGUGCGCCACUUGCUAUGCAAAUGGCAUAAAAAACGUGCAUGGCGCAAUAAACUUCCUUUAGUUGGUCCAACUAAUUUACAACAAGAAGUUUAUAGGAUCUUAGAGACAAUCAUUGACGAAAAAAACCCUGAUGUUUUUUUAUCAACUAUGAAUGGUUUUGUAAAGGCAUAUGAACAUAAAUGUCCUUACUUCAUUAGUUACUUUGUUACAUACUAA